AGCGCAGGUGUCCUUGGUUUUCCUGACACCUCGGAGACAAGACCCCGACCGUAAGUAGCCUAGACCGAGAGGGGAUCCAAGGAUUGAUAAAAGUAAUAAACUGUCUGAUCUGCCAUGAAAUCCGAAAAGAGCAGCAAAGAAAGGGAUCGGCUCGUGUGGAUGAGAGACCCCCGCUGGGUGAAGACACGCAGCGUAUGUUGGCUGAGCCGUGAAAGCUGCCAUUGACUGGAGCCCAGGCUGAAACGGGAGCAAAAAAAAAAAAAAAAAAAAACGGUGAAAAACUGAGCAGACUGAGCAUCCUCCCUGCAUCGCGACGCCGAUCAUUUGAACGCAUUUAAUACCUGCUUUACAGAUUUACCGCCAUCACUAUCUCCUAUCGUCUGGAUACCCGCAGCCGAUUGACGCGACUUCCACCGGUUCCAUUGGUUUUGACAACGAGACUGAUUUCAUUUUUCAUUGUGCAGAUGUGGACUAGAAGAAGAAUAAGGCCUGGUCGCCGCUGAAACGCACAGACGAUUGAUCACGAUGAACAGAGAAUCACAGUUGAUAAAUGUCCAGCAUCACAGGAUACUCAUGGAUGGGUCUACUGGACUAUUUUACAUGUUACGGAUGAUAUGCCAUGUCAGGUGAAAUGGGUUUCAGAAUAAUGUGAAAUUAUAUGAUGCAUGUGGGAUUUCUGCUCCUGCCACUGAACAACAAAAACCUAUUGUUCUGCCACCCUGACCAACCCCAGUUAUUUUUCUCUGCUUAUUAAGAUGAUACUUGGCUGACACUGACAUAAGUAUGGGCACAAAUUUCACUGAUGGUCUGAGCAGCUCCAGUGAGGACCGGCUCCUGUGGUCCUCCACUGCUAACAGUGUGAUGAAGAUGGUUCUCAUCUCUCUCAUUGUGUGCGUGUCGUUGUUUGGAAAUGUGGUUGUUCUGCUCGUGUUUCAGAGGAAGCCCCAGCUCCUCCAUGUUGCCAACCGUUUUGUUCUCAACCUCCUGUUGGCAGAUCUGCUCCAGACCAUAUUAGUGAUGCCCUUUGCCAUCGCAGCUACCGUGCCAGGUGUGUGGCCUCUGGAUUCCCGUCUGUGCCAGGCCCUGGUGGUUCUCAUGCACCUUUUUGCAUUUGCAGGUGUCAACACCAUUAUAGUUGUCUCUGUGGAUCGCUACUUGGCUAUCAUCCAUCCUCUGUCCUAUCCCACCCGUAUGACCCCCCAUCUGGGCACCAACCUGAUCAUCUGUACCUGGGUGCUCAGCUUUCUGCAGAGUACCCCUCCCCUCUACGGCUGGGGGACGAUAGAUUUUGACCGUCACCAUAAUGUGUGUUCAGUGGUGUGGUCCUCCAGCCUGUCCUACUCCGCUGUAGUGUCCACCUUCUCCUUCUGGCUGCCUGUGCUCAUCAUGCUCGGAUGUUACUGGAUGGUUUUUAGAGCAGCUCGGAGGCAGAAUGCACUUGUGCACCCAAUACAAACACAGUCCUACUCUCAGCCCUGUCCACAGGACUUUCAAGGACCUACCAGUCCACAGCGUCAGCCCCAACCCCAGCCCCAGCAGGCCUGCUCACCUGAAGGCCCCUACUCAGCCAGAGGUUACCCAGUUCGUGUCCGGCACAGACGCUUCCACUACCACUGCAAAGCGGCUCGGGUAGUUUUUGUCAUCAUGGCGUCAUAUAUCCUGAGCAUGGGGCCUUACAGCAUACUAAACACCAUAUCCAUGAGCGCCAGAGCAGCUGUACCCCCCUGGUUUGUCCUCUGUGGCCUGGUGCUCUUCUUUCUGCAGUGCUGUCUACACCCCUACAUUUACGGUUACAUGCACCGCAGUGUGAGGAAGGAGUUCCUGGCUUUGCUUUGCAGCCUCUUCUGCAAACAGAGUCGUACCAGCCAGAGCUCUGCUGUGGAGAGCUGUUUCACUACAACAGAGGGUCGCUCUGCCGCCCACCCCCACCUGCCCAGCCUGGCAGCUCGAGUCUUUCCCCUGCGCACCUGGGAGGAAUGCACCACAUCCUCCUCGCCCACUUUUGAGAGGAAGUCAAGGGACAGUCGUAAAGAAACCACCUCCACCAGCGUCAGCUCUGAAAGGGAGCUCACAGUCCACAGCAAGAGGGGCACAUAAUCUGCCUGGAGGAUUGACUGGACAGCUUCAGCAUAUUUGCUCUUACUUAAAGAGCUUGGCAAACAUUGUGCAAACACAUAAGCUUAAUAUGCCUUCUUGACAAGAGGAUUAUUUGUUUUGAUGUUGCUGGUGUUAAGAAAAUGUAUUCAAUACUAUCAUAAAGAUGUUUAACUGUUAUCAUUUGUCUGAAGCGAUGAAUUAACUUUAGAGUUCAGUGUUUUAAGAUUUAGUGGGAUCAAACUGCUGAAACAGAAUAUAAUAUUCUUACUUUUU